CCCACUAACAAUAAUGAAGUCCUCCUUUUAUCCUUCUUUAUUCUGUAUUGCUUUCUUUCUUUUGCCUCUACUCUCUUCUUCAACAGUCCUAUUCCAGGGAUUUACAUGGACGUCAAAAGACCAGGCAGGAGGAUGGUGGAACUGGCUAAUAACCAAAGUCCCAGAUUUGGCCGACGCCGGAAUCACCCACGUUUGGCUCCCGCCGCCGUCCAACGCCCGGGAAGGGGACGACCAAGGAUAUAUGCCGAAAAGAAUGUACGAUUUGGAUACCUCAAAAUACGGAAACAAAAAGGAGCUAAAAGCCCUAAACGACGCGUUCCAUAGCCGAGGAAUCAAAAGCGUAGUCGAUAUUGUCUUAAAUCACAGAGCCGCCGAGAGAGCCAAUAGCAGAGGAGUGAUCAACAUCUUCGAAGGCGGAACUCCCGACGAUAAACUCGACUGGGGCCCAUCCGAGAUCUGCGGCGACGAUUCCGCGUUCGAAGGCACCGGAAAUCCCGACACCGGCGACACGUGGGGGAACGCGCCGGACAUCGAUCACCGCAGCCCUAAGGUGCAGCGAGAAAUCUCGGAGUGGAUGAAUUGGCUCAAAUCCGAUCUCGAAUUCGACGGCUGGAGAUUCGAUUUCGUCAAGGGCUACGAUUUCGUCAAGGGAUUCGCCGCCGUUAAGAUCUACAUGGACAACACGAAGCCGGAAUUCGCGGUCGGAGAAUUCUGGAACGAUCUAUCGCCGGGGAUAGUUCCCGAUCCGGAUUACAACCAGGACGCUCAUCGCAAUGAGCUUGUCCGGUGGGUCCAGAACGCCGGCGGGGCUGCGACGGCGUUCGAUUUCACGACCAAGGGGAUUCUUCAGGCCGCGCUGAAUAACACCGAGCUCUGGAGAUUGAAAGAUGCUGCCGGAAAGCCGUCGGGGAUGAUCGGAGUUUUGGCGCAGAAUGCCGUGACUUUCAUCGACAACCAUGAUACUUGGUCGCAGAGGCUUUGGCCGUUCACCACUUCCACUGAUGAUGCCGUUAACCACGACAGGGUUUUGCAGGGAUACGCUUAUAUCCUCACCCAUCCGGGAUACCAUCCUAGUGUCUUGUCUCUUUUGCUGCAGUUUUAUAACCAUUUCUUUGAAUGGGGAUUGAAGGAUGCGAUUUCAAAGCUGAUAUCUAUCAGGAACAAGAAUGGCAUUUCUGCAACAAGUCCUGUGGAAAUCUUGGCAGCUGAUGCUGAUCUUUACAUAGCAAAGAUUAAUGGAAAAGUUAUUGUGAAGAUUGGACCAAAUGGUGAUCUUAAAAACCUUGUUCCAUCCGAUUUUCAGCUCGCAGCAAGUGGCAAAGACUUUGCAGUGUGGGAGAAACCAACAUGAGUCUACAAAUCUCCAUCCAUCAAUAUAAUCAACAAUUUGAAAUAAAUAAAUAUCUCUCGUCAAUCUGAUACUAAGAAAUAAUUCCUGUUUGCAAUAAAUGUUGUAUCUGAUAUCACAACUGCAAAACAAAUAAUAAAGCUUUUAUCAAUCCAGUUAAUCAUAUAUGCUUCCAGGCACUA